UGGAAAAAAUUGUGGAAACACCGGAACAACCCGGAAGAAGAAGCUAGUGCAAAAUGUGAUAACACCGCGAGACAGAGGUCAGAAAUUCUCUCUCACAACCAUCUUGGAUAUAGAAUCCUGACUCGACACAAGCAUGCCUGGCGAAGCCACAGAGACGGUCCCAGUCACUGAGCAGGAGAUGCAACAGCCGCAAGUUGAGACUGCUGCACCCUCUGCCCCUGCAAGUCUGGCUACUUCUCAGAAACCUCAGACUGCUUCUGGCCCUGCCAAGCCCAAAGGCAAAGAGGCCAAGGGUGGCUCUGCCCCAAAGGCUGUCCCUGGCAGAAGAAAACGCUCUUCUAUGUCUGCCUCCUCUGCUUCUCCUACCUCCUCCACACCCCACUCCCCCCUAGCUAACUCACCUGGGGCUUCUGGAACUCCCAGCCAGGGCAGUCGUGCCGCACCCAAGGUUGUGAAGGUUGGCAAACAAAGAAAGGCUAAAAAAGAGUAUUUUAAGCCUGCUGCUGACCUGCCAGCCCCAGCAGAGGCUCCUGCCCCCACAGAGGCCAAACCUCUUCCUAUGGAGCCUAAAGCUGCUCCUGCACCAGUAGUGGCCACGCCAGUAACUGUUGCUCCAGAGCCUGCCUCUCCCAAACCUGUGGCGUCCCCUGUGUCCUUCAAAGUGACCUCAACGCCUGCUGCACCAGCCCCUGUGUCAUUUGCUGCUGCUAUUGCCUCUAGCCCCCCUAGAGCUGCCUCUGAAAUGCCCAUGGCCAAGCCAGAGCGUCUGCUCAAAGCUGAGGUGAAAGAGGUCAAUGCAGCACCUGCCCUGGAGGAUGACGAUGACCUUCCCCCUCUAAUUCCACCAGAGGAGCCAGUAAAUAUGCCUGUCUUCUCACCCCCUACAGUAGUAGGGACUCCUAAGCCUGCCCCAGUUGCUUCUCCAGCUCCCCCUAAGCCAGCUCCUGUUGAGCCCGUUUUAGCGGCGCCAGCUCCUUUUAAGGCUGUUGUGGCUACACCAGCUCCCCUAAAGCCGCCUCCAGUUGUAGCUGCACCAGCUCCCUCUAAGCCAGUUCCAGUUAAGCCCAUUGUUGCUACACCAGCUACCCCUAAGCCUGCUCCAGUUGUAGCUGCACCAGCUCCCCCUAAGCCAGUUCCAGUUAAGCCAAUUGUUGCUACACCAGCUACCCCUAAGCCUGCUCCAAUUGUAGCUGCUCCGGCUCCUGUUAAGCCCGUUGUGGCUACAAUAGUGCCCCCUAAGCCAUUUCCAGUUAAGCCCAUUGUUGCUACACCAGUUCCCCUUAAGCCUGCUCCAGUUGUAGCUGCACCAGCUCCCCCUAAGCCAGUUCCAGUUAAGCCCAUUGUUGCUACACCAGCUCCCCCUAAGCCUGCUCCAAUUGUAGCUGCGCCGGCUCCUGUUAAGCCCGUUGUGGCUACAAUAGCGCCCCCUAAGCCAGUUCCAGUUAAGCCCGUUGUGGCUACACCAGCUCCCCUUAAGCCUGCUCCAGUUGUAGCUGCAGUAGCUUCCGUCAAGGCCUCUCCGGUUGUAGCUUCGCCAGUUCCCGUUGAGCCAGUUAUAGUUGCACCAGCUUCCGUCAAGACUGUUCCCGUUGUAGCUGCUCCAACUCCUAUUGAGGCCUAUCCGGUUGUAGCUGCUACCGUUGAGCCCAUUGUACCAGCACCCGCUAAGCCAGCUCUUGUUGAGCCCGUUGUAGCUGCACCAGCUUCCGUCAAGGCCGCUCCCGUUGUAGCUGGACCAGCUCCCCUUAAGCCUGCUUCCUAUGCAGCCGUGGUAGCUGCACCAGCUCCCCUUAAGUCUGUUCCCAUCGAGCCUGUUGUAGCUUCCCCAGCUCCCCCUAAGCCUGUUGAAGUAGCCGUUGUACCAGCACCUGUUUCAAACCCUGCCCCCACCCCUGCUAAACCCCCUACCAAACCGGAGCCUGUGAUCAAGAAUGACAAGGGGUCUGGCACUGAAUCAGACAGUGAUGAGUCUGUACCAGAUCUGGAGGAACACGACUCUGCACAGACACAGCAAGCGCAGCUUGCAGCUGCUGCAGAAAUAGAUGAAGAACCCGUUAGCAAAGCCAAACAGAGCCGUAGUGAAAAGAAGGCACGAAAGGCAAUGUCUAAGCUGGGUCUCAGGCAGGUGACUGGGGUUACCAGGGUUACCAUUCGCAAGUCUAAAAAUAUCCUUUUCGUUAUCACCAAACCAGACGUCUACAAGAGCCCUGCAUCAGACACGUACAUUGUCUUUGGUGAGGCUAAGAUCGAGGAUCUUUCACAACAAGCCCAGCUUGCCGCGGCAGAGAAGUUCAAGGUACAGGGAGAAGCCGUGUCGAACGUCCAGGAAAACACACAGACUCCCACUGUACAAGAGGAGAGCGAAGAGGAAGAGGUUGACGAGACAGGGGUUGAGGUGAAGGACAUUGAACUCGUGAUGUCACAAGCCAACGUGUCGCGAGCGAAGGCUGUACGCGCCCUUAAAAACAACAACAAUGAUAUUGUCAAUGCUAUUAUGGAAUUGACGAUGUAGGCUGCUGGUCGAAGGGGGUUCUGAAAGUUUGCUGGUUUAAUCUACUAUUGUUUGUACAAUUUAUACCCGAGAUGGAAAUAAAGUUGUGGCUUGGUAAAUUGAA